GAGGCGUUGCGUCACGGGUCAGGGCGGAGUCGGUGGUGGAGAGGUGUCUGUCAGGAGAAGAGAGAGAGACGUCAGACGAGAAAAAGAUGGCGAGAUGCGGCAGGGGAUUGAGAAAAGUCACCGAUUGUUUUAAACAGCUCCCCUCCACAACCAACCGGGAACUCCUGAGCAGAAGUAAAGUCAGGUAUCUGUCGUCAUGUGGAAUCCUAAUGACACAAGUGCCUCCCAUGCUGGGCGCAGCCAUGCCAGGGUGUGCUGCGGCGCUACCUGCCCGCAGCUUCUUCAACCUUGCCGAAUCCUUCUCCAAGAGGAAGGAGUACUCAGAGAGACGCAUCAUAGGGUAUUCCAUGCAGGAGAUUUAUGACGUAGUGGCCGGUGUGGAAAACUACCGCCUCUUUGUUCCCUGGUGCAAAAAGUCAGACGUGGUGUUUCAGCGAUCUGGUUUCUGCAAGGCCAAGCUAGCUGUUGGAUUUCCUCCUGUGGUGGAGAACUACACCUCUCUUAUCACUACAGUGCGCCCUCACCUGGUCAAGGCUUCCUGUUCAGAUGGGAAACUGUUCAACCAUUUAGAGACAGUUUGGCGCUUCAGCCCUGGUCUCCCGGGUUACCCUCGUACCUGCACUGUGGAUUUUGCCAUAUCCUUCGAGUUCCGUUCCUUGAUCCACUCACAGCUUGCUCACGUCUUCUUCGACGAGGUGGUGAAGCAAAUGGUGUCUGCUUUCGAGCGCCGGGCCUCCAAGGUAUACGGUGCUGAGACGCCCAUUCCUCGCGAGCUCAUGUUCCAUGAAAUUCACCACACGUAGCACCACCCGCAGACCGGACUAAACGUGAACGCCUGAUCCCAAUGCCAAAGAGGAUGAAGAGGAAGUGUAAGAAAGUAAGAAAGAAAGAAAGAAAGAAAGAAGAGACUUUUUGAGUUUAAAAACAAAACGAGUGCCUCUCUACAAUCUAAGACCAAGUUCAUAUCUCAUCCUUGCUCUGUCGAUGUGGAUCCAGCCGCAGAUUUCUACUUUGAAACUCCAUUCGUUUUAGUCACUUUUUUUUUUUAAUGCUCAACCAGAGCUGCUGUAAGCCUUAGGUCAGAGGUUAGGAUCCUGAUAAGAACAACACUGAGCACAUACGUACGUACGUAUGUCAACAUCAGCAGUCAAUCACGUCACCGGAUCACUGUUCCUGUCAGUGUUUGCGCAGAAUGACGUCUUAAAGUCCAGGGGGUCGCACCCUGUAUGAGGACCAGCCAAACGUACGGCAGUACAAAAGAAUGUACUGGAGGUCCAGAACUGCUCGUUCACGUCACUUUAUACAUUCUGUGUCCCGCACCCUGCCUCAAGGUGACACUUCACCGUGUCAUCAGUCAUCAGCCAACAUUGGCUGCAUUUAGUGGUUGUCAAAACAAGCCAAACCAAGAAUAGAAUUUCCUAUUUAGAGCUGGAAUAUAUAACACAUUUUUGUUGUCAUUAAUCAAACAGUUUGGUUGGUUCUUCUCUUCAGACUUCAGACUGUGGACUGGUGAUAAUGUUAUGACACCAGCAGCACCAGUCAUGGUAGAAUCUAAAUCCAAGCUUUGAUUUUACUCUUUUCAGAUCAGAUUCAGAUUCAGAUCAGUUCCUGUGUGUUUAGUGUGCAAGGGUUGGGCUGAAAGAAUGUGUGAUCCAUGUGAACGGCGGAUUUUAGGAAAACUACCUGUUACUUAUUUACUGGCAUCAUGAACUCUCUUCACGUCACUGACCAACCAGGAAGUGCUGGGACACGGAUGUCAGUUUAGGUCAAGCCUUGUACAUUGAUGGCCACGAAACAACUUCUCUAAACAAACUCAACACAGCGAAGCAUACACUGAUAAUAAUGUAAGAACAGACAAAAAAAAAAAUAGAGUAGAAUUUGAAGGCAAAUGUGGUUUAGAGCGUGAGUUAACACAGCUGCAGACAAGCUGUGACUGUUCAGCUGGACACUAGUGCUGCGGCUAACGGUUUCUUGUAAACAAUUGGUGUCGUUUAACCGACACAAAGUUAAAUGACUAAGGAAUUACUCUAGGUCAGUGGUUCUCAAACUUGUUAUACUCCGUACCACCAUGAUGACCAACAUUAGAAUUCCCCCGGCCCGUUCCACGUUCAACUUGCAAGUGAUCCCAUGAUUCCGUGCUGCCUGUGCUCACGUGAGCAACAGACUUGCAUUGCAGCAAAAAAACGUAAAGUAAAGUAAAUAUCCUAUUUCAGAAUCUCACAAGUUGCUACACAUUUUUUCUAAAUGUUGUAUUAAUUGUACAUGGUAUGUUUCAGAUUUAUUCAAUUGAAAAUGUAAAUGUAAAAAUAAGAAUUUUUUUCCCGCGUUCCACUAGGGAGCGCUCUACGCGUACCACAGUUUGAGAACCACUGCUCUAGGUAAUACAUGAGUAAGUCUAAAUCCAAACAUUAAAAUCAUCUAUUUGAAAUCGUUAAUCGACCAUGGUGGUUGGUUACAGCCCUGCAGCACAGUGUCUAAAACACAUUUCAUGGGUGCUGAAGGUUAACAUCUUUUUGCUGAAUGUUCAGUAGAAUUUGUGUGUGUGUGUGUGGUAUUUUCUUUUAAGCUACACUGUUGUUAGGUCAUUUCUAAAGAAAUUGUUUCUAGAUAAUGGACUUGAGCGAUACAGUGGAACCCCUAGAUACCAGUUUCAGUAUCUAGUUACGAGUGCUCAAGGACUCAAGCUGCGGAGUUCGUCACGAACUUAAAAAAAAAA